AUUGACUAUCCAGAUUCAACUGCAAUAAAAUCCACCAUCAGUGCCCGGUCGGUUGUGUCAUCCUCCCAUACUGAAUUCAUGUUGGCUGAUGGACAAACAUAUGACCGGACCCUGAGAAGAAUGAAUUCUGAAACAAUUGUAGAGCAGAUGUCAGAAGAUUUAGUACAUGGCAGUCACUAUCUUCUGGGGGUGAGUGACCACUAUCAGCCCCAUGGGAGUGUGGAUCAUGCAGGCAACAGAUUCUCCAGGUCCAGUGAUACAUCCAGUGCUUACUCUGGUUCGGAUGUGAUGCAUACAUCUCUGGAUGAUCCAGAUGCCCCGGAUGUGGAUCUCAGUGGUCUGGCAGAGAGCCUGGUCGACUCGGAUGAUGAGGAAGGAUAUGCAGAGUCAACUGAGUCUUUCACUAUCCGUGAUGCAGAGCGGGACUGUUUAGAGAAGGAACCGUCUGAACGCACAGAGGAGGACAUUCAGAUACUUUUGAACUUCACACAGCAUUUAAAGGCUUUCUCCAACAUGACAGAACACACUCGUCGACUGCUGUGUGAGGUGAUUGUUUUUGCUAUUGUUCCCAAAGAAGGAACAAUAGUUAUGAAAGAUGGAGAAGAGCUUGACUCCUGGUCAGUUAUUCUGAAUGGAGAAGUUGAAAUCACAAGACCUAAUGGAGUUAAGGAAAGACUACAGAUGGGUGACAGCUUUGGCAUCAGCCCUACCAUGGAGAAGUUAUACCAUCAGGGGGUUAUGAGAACUAUCGUUAAUGACUGCCAGUUUGUUUGUAUAGCCCAGUCGAGUUACUACAGGAUUCUUCAUCAGGGCGAGGAGAAUAUCAAGAAACAUGAAGAGAAAGGGAGAGUUGUGAUGGUCACGGAACACCGAGAACUGGAUGGAGGAGCCAGGAAAGGGCACAUUGUUAUCAGG